CCAGCGACCUGAGGGCUCGCGGACAGAGCACCAGCACGGGUCAGCUCGCGCAGCGCUAUUAAUCAUAAAAAAAAUAACCAAACAGCGGCUGGUUUAAUAAGGAAACAGCCCGAAGCACCAAACUGACGUCGCGCUGGUUUCAUGGGAGGACGCUGUCAGCAGAGAGUACAUCUGGGUCAAGCUACAAGAAGGUCUGAUUUUUCAUCUUAACACUAUCCACAAGAAAGCAACCCAUGAACUGCAUUUGAUAAACCAGAGGGAUACACUAACAAAGUCUGCAGUGGGUUAGGUGUGACGGUCCAAACAUAAAGGAAUACAGAACAGUCACCGAAACCUCAAUAAAGGGAAACGGAAUAAGAAGCAGACUAUUUCAUUUCCUUCUUCUGUGACUCUUCCCUUCCCUCAGAUCAACAAAGCUCAGUGCUCUCACUGAACAUGUGUCAAAAAAGGAGGCCAACACUCAAGCAAAGAUGAACCCCUAUGUUACUUCUCACUUCAGGAGGGAUCUCUUCCCCCAUUUUCAUUUGUUGUAGACUUUUUGUUUACCCUGCUUUUACUGGUUGGAUGCAAUGACUUGCUCUGUAUUUGGAAAGUUAUAGCAACAGCUCCUGCUUCUUGCUUUGCUGUUCUCUCUGUACCUUCAGCAGUGCACGGUUAUGGUUGAGUAACUGAUUUUGUUCACUGGUUACUAAAUGAUUAUGGGUUGCAUGAUUUUUACACUUUGUCAGGAUUCAGUUGUAAGGGUCUCUGGGAAUGAUUGGGCAAGGUAAAUGAUAAUAUUACAAGCACAUCCUUUUCAUUAUCAGAUGUAUUUGCAUGUUUUUCUUGCUUUACUCAAGCCUUUAGUAAUCAUUUCGAUAUAUUGAUGAUUUUGUAUACUUUUGCAUGCUCAUUAGUUGAUAACUUGUGGUUCACUUUAAAGAUUCUCUAGCAUGCUGAUGUUUUUUGUUUUUGUUUUUUCCUUUUUUUAAAUAUCUGCAAAUAACUUUUUAUUUGAGGAACCUCUUUGAUGCUCAAAUAGCCUUCGUGAUCUGGUUCAAACAGGGAUGCCAAGUAAGAGUCUACAAGGCACAAAAACUGUUACAGCCUCCUGCUUAGACAUACACCUGACCUGUGAACUCUGGAGCUUGACCUCUGCAGAAAACAGAUCAAAUCAGUGGUUGUGAAAGUGGAGAGAAGUUUGAUCGUAAGAAUUGGCAUGUUUCUUUCUUGUUUCAACUGCACGUUGGAAGUUAUCAUACUGUUUAACCUGAAUUUGGCCUUGUGUUCUCUGCGUACGUUGUAUAUCAUCACAUUUCUAUCCCAUUGUCUUGCUCCAUUGCAUUAUCAGCUUAUAGUUUUUGAAGUGUUUAUCAAAUGAGUCCUGCUCGAGCAAAAAACCUCAAGACUAUCCUUUUAGUGUUUUCAACUAUAUAGAACCAAUCCUGCAUGCUUUUCUGAUGUAUGUCGAAGUUAGCCCAGCUCUACCACUCCUUGUCAAAUGAAAUUUUGCAGAUCACAGAGUUGGACUCUUUGGGCUGCUAUUGAAGUCAUUCUUUUCAGCUCACCUCCUUUCACUAAAGUGACUGUGAUUUAAGGUCAUUGGUUGUUACUGAACUCACACUACAAGAAAGCCCAUUAGCUUGCUGGGAAUCCAUUACUGAAAGGACUGACUGUACGGAGAAACAGAAUAAAAAGUUGUGGAAGAGACACUGAAGAAAGUGACUGACCAAUGGCCUUGGAGGGUGUUAUCCUCUGGUUACCAUUGGGCGCCAUGGACCUACAAUUAUCUCUGUAUUAAAAGAGACUGACUGUGACAUUAACACCACACAUAAUUUCACUGACGGUAUCAAGGUGCUUAUUCAUUACAUCAAUAAACAAGGCACACUUAUAAAUACAGAGAACUCAUAGCAGAUGAUGGGGGCAGCACGUGUAAAACGGCGUUUCAGUGCUGUGGUGGAUGGGCCAGUGGAGGAGGAGGAGGUCAUGAGGCUAGCACAGAGCGCUGCAGAUACAUCUGGCGGAGGGGGCAGCCCAGCGGGGUCAGGGACCCCAACCAGCCCCUCUCCGACCCAUGCCCUCAAUGGCAAAGCUCUGCCUCUUCAAAGCAACACCAACAAUGCCCGGAGGCAUGGUGCCAUUGGAGAGUCAGCUGGAGGAGAUGCAGGAGGAGAGGGUGGGUUGAGAGGAGGAAGAAUGUGUUCAGGGCCCAAGAGUGGAAGAGGCAGUAGUGUAGAAGGGAGAGGGGAAGGCCGUUCUUCAUCAGAUCAGGAUUCACUCUCUUCCCCCUCCACUACCAGCCGCCGGCGCAAUAGGCGCUCAACCCGCCGGCCCCGACAACGCUUUGUGGGCAAGGACGGACGCUGCAACGUCACCUUUGUCAACAUGAGCGAGAGGGGCCAGCGGUACCUCAGUGACCUCUUUACCACUUGCGUGGACAUCCGCUGGCGAUGGAUGCUGGUCAUCUUCACUCUCUCCUUCGUUCUCUCCUGGCUGCUCUUUGGAUUUGCCUUCUGGCUCAUUGCCUCCGCACAUGGAGACCUCUCCAUUCGGCUUACCCCCAGCUCAAGUUCAUCUCCAGGAUCAGGAGAUGCUGGCUCUGGAGGAGAGUCUGAUAGAGAGGCAGUGGUUGAGGAGCCAUGCUUCUUCCAGGUGAACAGCUUCAUGGCAGCCUUUCUGUUCUCCUUGGAGACGCAGACAUCCAUCGGUUAUGGCUUCAGAAGUGUGACCGAAGAAUGUCCCCUGGCGGUGGUGGCGGUCGUUUUGCAGUGCAUUGUGGGCUGCAUAAUUGACGCCUUCAUCAUCGGGGCAGUCAUGGCAAAGAUUGCCAAGCCCAAGAAGCGCAACGAGACCCUGGUGUUCUCCGACACAGCUGUUGUGGCGCUGAGAGAUGGAAAACUCUGCAUGAUGUGGAGGGUCGGAAACCUACGCAAAAGCCACCUGGUAGAAGCACACGUCAGAGCACAACUACUAAAGUCAAGGGUGACACCAGAGGGAGAGUACCUCCCACUGGACAACGUGGACAUCAAUGUGGGGUUUGACACCGGCACUGACCGCAUCUUCUUGGUCUCGCCUGUAACAAUUGUCCAUGAAAUCAAUGAAGAGUCGCCUUUCUUUGAGAUGGACCAAAAAACGCUGGAGAACGACUCUGACCUGGAGGUGGUGGUCAUACUUGAAGGCAUGGUGGAGGCCACAGCCAUGACCACGCAGUGCCGCAGCUCCUAUCUGGCUACUGAAAUCCUCUGGGGACACCGCUUUGAACCAGUGCUCUUCGAGAGGAAAGAUGGCUACCAGGUGGAUUACUCAUUUUUCCAUCGGACCUAUGAAAUCCCGAACACACCUUCCUGCAGUGCUAAAGAUCUGGCCGAGCAGAAGUACAUUCAGAGUUCACGGUCGUCAUUCUGUUAUGAGAACGAAGUAGCUCUGCAGCUUGCCUCCCCCGAUGGCGAGCUCGGUCAAAACCUUGAGUUUGCCUCCCCACCGACCCGGAGGCAAUCCCUGGCAGAACAUCUCCACUACAACUGAACGGAAGGGAAAAAGACAGGAAACCGACUUCAGAGAAUGAACUGAUAUGAUGAUGGGAGACAGAAUAGUAGAGAGAACCUUGAAUAAACCAGUGUACAAUAAAGGAUAGGAAGAAAUGCUAUUUACAGAAGAGGAAGAAAUAUUUAGUGCGAACAUUAGGAAGUUUGGUGUUACUCUUUUGGUGAGUUGGGUUUAGUACACUGACCUAGUUGUCUAAUUGGUCCUGGCAAUCUUUCAAAAUCAUUGAAAACUGCUAAGUCUCACAUCUGGCCCAUCACUACCACAGCACACAGUCUGACACCUGACUGACAAGGGUAUGCAACAGCGCCCCAUGGUGGCUACCACAUGCAAUUGACCCUCAAUUUUUAUGAUGGGAAGAUUUUGACUUCUGUUGGAGGUAGUGUUUUAGCUUCUGAGGAAUGUAUUCCACUAAGAUGCUCACUUAUCACUUUUCUUCUUUUAUUUUCUUAUGGUAAGUAUGGAUUAUGCACUUUUUGGCAUCAGGGACUGAGAAUGUAUUUGAGAUAAGCCAAAGCAGAGCAACAGUAACAUGGAGAAACAGCUUUAAACUAGCAGCGGUUUUGAGAUGUUUGUUCCAUGUAGAUGUAUUUUCUCUGUGUUGUUUGUUUUUUGGCUUUUUUCCAUGUGUGAUGCAAAGAAAAAGAUGUUCACUGAUUGUAAGCUUUUCUUGAUUUUAACAUUUUGUGUUGAGUGGAAUAGCAUGAUUGUAGGGUCUCAGACCACACAGGUGAUCCAGAUGUGAUGAUCGCCAUGCAUUGUUUUAUGGCGCUACUAUCAAAGUAUGCUGUUAUCUCUUAUGUCUGUAAAAGCAGCCUCGCUAUUGUUUUGGUGUGCUAUUUUUGCAUUAUUGUACACUUUAACUAAGCUAUAAUACUGUAAUCUUUUAAGUGUUGGUGGUGCAGACUGAAUAGUGAAUAUAAGGCAAUAGCGUUGGAGACCUACACUCACAUCCAGCAUCUUUCCAUUUCUACAAUUCUGCAAGAAGUGGAUGAAGAUCCAACUGGAAACUACAUCAGACUCACAGAAAAUUAAAUCCGGGUUGUUGGAGUUUUUUGGCUCAUAAAAUCAUGUAAUUUCCUUAGGUGGUAGGUGGUGCCUUCAUAACAGAGCAGACAUUUUGCAAAUGUUGAAAAUGUGCUUGAAUUGUAUUUUUUUAUCAUGUGCAUUUGCAAGACGACCACUUUUAGUGUGCAGUAUGUGCUAAGAUGAAAAAAACUGAGCAAUCCCCAUAUAAACGUGCCGUGAUGAAUGAAUCUUUUACCCGUAAUAUACUGUAGGCUAUGUAAUAGUUGCACUUUCUAGAUAUAUUACAAAGCACCUGAGAUAUUUCUGUUUAUUUUAACAUUAAUAAUUAAGAGUAAAUAAUGCCACCUCAGUAUGUAAGUGUUUGAUUGCAGCAUGUGUUGGCAAAGUGUGGGGACGGCAAUGCCGUAUUGAGUUUUGACCAGUAAUCAGCCUGUCCGACGCACAACCUGGAAACUUGUUGUUUGCACUUUGCACUAAUUAUGGAGACUAAUAUCACUGAUGAAACUUUACAAAAGCACAGUAGUGUUGCAGGAACAGCACAGGCUAACUUCAGUGCAUCGAUUGCAGUGUUCUGACUGAUAACAUAUUAUCUCUUAUAAAUAGUGUUAAUGCUGUUCCAUGUCUGUCUUCCCUUUCACUUCUCUAUUAUGGCUACCAUUUUCUAUUUAUAGGCUGCACAGGAGGUCAUGUCAUUUUCUCCCUGCAUCCACUUCCAUGAAAUGUAACUUGAACUUACAGCACCAUCACUUUACUAUGAUGGGACUUUUUAAACACAGCAGAAAGAAAUAGACGGAUUGAUUUGGAUUCACUGUUCACAGUACAGUACAUUUUAUACAUAUUGUAAAGCACAGAGUAGUAUAAUGUAAUACCUCUUUUUUAAAUAAAUUAGUGAGAUGAAAUUGACAAAAGCUACUGUUCUAGGAUUUGGGGGGGUUUUCUGAGGAGAAAUUUUUUUUUUUUUUUUUUGCUCCAGCAGACACUAGAUAUAUAAUUUCAGAGCUGCCUCAGGCACAAAGCACUUCCAGAAAAAAGAGAACUGUGUUAUAGAAGAAAUAAAACAU